GGCUCUGCCUUUGUUUCCUUGCAGGGCUGUGGUGGAGGCUGUGCAUCGACUUGACCUCAUUCUUUGCAACAAAACCGCUUAUCAAGAAGUGUUCAAACCUGAGAACAUUAGCCUGAGGAACAAGCUGCGCGAGCUCUGCGUCAAGCUUAUGUUCCUCCAUCCUGUGGACUAUGGGAGGAAGGCUGAGGAGCUGCUGUGGAGAAAGGUGUACUAUGAAGUCAUUCAGCUGAUCAAGACGAACAAGAAGCACAUCCACAGCCGCAGCACCUUGGAAUGUGCCUACCGGACACACCUGGUUGCUGGCAUUGGCUUCUACCAGCAUCUCCUUCUCUAUAUCCAGUCCCACUACCAGCUGGAGCUGCAGUGCUGCAUUGACUGGACCCAUGUCACCGACCCCCUCAUCGGAUGCAAGAAGCCAGUGUCCGCCUCGGGGAAGGAGAUGGACUGGGCACAGAUGGCCUGCCACCGAUGUCUAGUGUACCUGGGGGACCUGUCACGCUAUCAGAAUGAACUGGCUGGGGUAGACACCGAGCUGCUUGCCGAGAGAUUCUACCACCAGGCCCUGUCAGUAGCUCCCCAGAUUGGGAUGCCCUUCAACCAGCUCGGCACCCUCGCGGGCAGCAAGUACUACAACGUGGAAGCCAUGUACUGCUACCUGCGCUGCAUCCAGUCGGAAGUGUCCUUCGAGGGGGCCUAUGGGAACCUCAAGCGGCUGUAUGACAAGGCAGCCAAGAUGUACCACCAGCUGAAGAAGUGUGAGACUCGGAAGCUCUCUCCCAGCAGAAAGCGGUGCAAAGACAUUAAGAGGUUGCUGGUGAACUUCAUGUAUCUACAGAGCCUCCUGCAGCCCAAAAGCAGCUCCGUGGACUCUGAGCUCACUUCACUUUGCCAGUCAGUCCUGGAGGACUUCAACCUGUGUCUCUUCUACCUGCCCUCCUCGCCCAGCCUCAGCCUGGCCAGUGAGGAAGAGGAGGAGUAUGAGAGCGGCUAUGCUUUCCUCCCAGACCUGCUCCUCUUUCAGAUGCUCAUCAUCUGCCUCAUGGGUGUGCACAGCCUGAAGAGAGCGGGAUCCAAGCAGUACAGUGCAGCCAUUGCUUUCACCCUGGCCCUCUUCUCCCACCUCGUCAACCACGUCAACAUUCGGCUGCAGGCCGAGCUGGAGGAGGGCGAGAACCCCGCCCCAGCGUUCCAGGAUGAGGGCGGUGCAGAUGAGCCAGAAUCCAGGGAACCGCUGGAGAAAGAGGAGGAACUGGAUCCCGAGCCGGCGCCCACAGCAUCCCACACUGGGGAGGGCAGAAAGAGCCGGAAGUUCUCGCGUCUCUCCUGCCUCCGCCGCCGCCGCCAUCGCCACCCGCCCAGAGCUGGUGAUGACAGCGACCUGAGUGAAGGCUUUGAAUCAGACUCAAGCCGUGACUCAGCCCGGGCCAGUGAAGGCUCGGACAGUGGCUCUGACAAAAGCCUGGAAGGUGGGGGCACAGCCUUUGAUGCUGAGACAGACUCCGAAAUGAACAGCCAGGAGUCCCGGUCAGACCUGGAAGACAUGGAGGAUGAGGAGGGGACCCGGUCCCCAGCCCUAGAGCCCCCUCGGGCCAGAUCAGAGGCCCCCGAUUCCCUCAAUGGCCCUCUGGGCCCCAGCGAAGCUAGCAUCGCCAGCAAUCUGCAAGCCAUGUCCACCCAGAUGUUCCAGACCAAGCGCUGCUUCCGCCUGGCCCCCACCUUCAGCAACCUGCUCCUGCAGCCCCCCACCGCCCCACAGGCUUUGGCUGGCUGCAGGCCCUGUGUCAAUGGGGAUGCGGACAAGCCCUCAGAACCAGCCUCUGAGGAGGGCUCCGAGUCGGAGGGCAGCGAAUCCAGCGGGCGCUCCUGUCAGAACGAGCGCAGCCUGCAGGAGAAGCUGCGAGUCCUGACAGCUGAGGGCCUGCUUCCCACUGUGAAGGUCUUCCUGGACUGGCUGCGGACCAACCCGGACCUCAUCGUGGUGUGCGCACAGAGCUCUCAGAGUCUGUGGAACCGCCUGUCCGUGUUGCUGAACCUGCUGCCCGCUGCUGCUGAGCUCCAGGAGUCAGGCCUGGCCCUGUGUCCUGAGGUGCAGGGUCUCCUGGGAGCCUGUGAACUGCCUGACCUGCCCUCCAGCCUGCCACUCCCCGAGGACAUGGCACUGCGCAACCUGCCUCCCCUCCGGGCCGCUCACAGGCACUUUAACUUGGACACAGACCAGCCUCUGCUCAGCACCUUGGAGGAGUCGGUGGUGCGCAUCUGCUGCAUACGCAGCUUCGGGCACUUCGUGUCCCGCCUGCAAGGCAGCGUCCUGCAGUUCAGCCCAGAGGUCGGCAUCUUCGUCAGCACCGCGCAGGCGGAGCAGGAGAGCCUGCUGCAGCAGGCCCAGGCGCAGUUCCGCAUGGCACAGGAGGAGGCCCGGCGGAACCGGCUGAUGCGGGACAUGGCCCAGCUGCGGCUUCAGCUUGAAGUCUCUCAACUGGAAGGCAGCCUGCAGCAGCCCAAGGCCCAGUCCGCCAUGUCUCCCUACCUCGUCCCUGAUACCCAGGCUCUCUGCCACCACCUUGCUGUCAUCCGCCAGCUGGCCACCAGUGGCCGCUUCAUUGUCCUCAUCCCACGGACAGUGAUCGAUGGCCUGGAUUUGCUGAAGAAGGAGCACCCAGGGGCCCGGGACGGCAUCCGCUACCUGGAGGCGGAGUUUAAGAAGGGGAACAGGUACAUUCGCUGCCAGAAAGAGGUGGGGAAGAGCUUCGAACGGCACAAGCUGAAGCGGCAGGACGCAGAUGCCUGGACUCUCUACAAGAUCCUGGACAGCUGCAGACAGCUGACUCUGGCCCAGGGGGCAGGGGAGGAGGACCCGAGCGGGAUGGUGACCAUCGUCACAGGCCUCCCCCUGGAUGACCCCAGCGCGCUCUCCGGGCCCAUGCAGGCGGCUCUGCAGGCCGCUGCCCACUCCAGCGUGGACAUCAAGAACGUUCUGGACUUCUACAAGCAGUGGAAGGAGAUGGGCUGAGGCUGACCCGGCCGCAGUGGGGCAGACUCCAGAUCUCCCUGCUCACCCAGCAGCCGGGACACCGGACACCGCCUGUCACCCCCACCAGAGCCAGCUGGAGGGUGGGGUCCCUCUGUUGCCGAGGCGACGGCGGGAGCCCUAGGGAAGUGCCUGGAGGGGAGAGGCCUGUGGGGC